AUGGCGACCAACGGAUUUAGCAAGCAUGCAGCACCACAUGCACAUGCACAUGCACAUGCAGAGCUCGACCAGGAGCCACCCCUACAGCGCGCAGAAGAAGUCGAAGAUCUCCUAACCUCCAUGAUGGAGCUCAUCAUCCCCUUCAUCCGCGCCGCCGACGACCACGCAAACACCAUGACCACAACCACAACCACCACCACCAAGCCCCAAACCCCAAACAACGAAACCGCCAACCCACCCCGCACCGUCCUCGUAGAACACCACCCCCCGGAAGAACUCAAAUCCCUCCUCAACCUCAGCAUCCCGCGCACCGGCACCCGCAAACCCGGCCUCCUCGCCUCCGUAGCCCAAAUCCUCCGCUACUCCGUCAACACCUGGGACCAAGGCUUCAUGGACAAGCUGUACAGCAGCACCAACGCCAUCGGCCUCGCCGCCGAACUCCUCCUCGCCGUCCUCAACACAAACGCCCACGUCUACGCCGUCUCGCCCGUGCUCACGCUCGUCGAGAAACACACUACCGCCCUGCUCGCCCGUCUUUUCUUCGGUGGUGGUGGUGAUGCUGACGCGUGUCCGUUCGCAGGCGGCAUCAGCCAGCCCGGCGGCAGCGCCUCGAACGCCUCUGCCAUUGUCGUCGCGCGAAACACCUUAUUUCCCGAGACGAAAAACACGGGCAAUGCAGGCCGGCGCUUCGUCCUCUUCACCAGCGCACACGGGCACUACAGCAUCGAAAAGGCCGCGCAAAUGUACGGUUUCGGCCGGGAUGCCGUGCGCUGCGUGCCCGUCGACACACACGGCCGGAUGCAACCCGCCGCGCUAGACGCCAUGAUCAGCGCCGCAAAACAGGCUGGGGAAACACCGUUUUUGGUCAACGCGACGGCCGGCACGACGGUGCUGGGCAGCUUCGAUCCGUUUGAGGGGAUAGCGGAUGUGUGUGGGCGGCAUGGCGUGUGGAUGCAUGUGGAUGGGAGUUGGGGCGGCGGGGUGGUGUUCAACGAGCGGCUGCGCGGGAGUCGGUUGCGCGGCUGUGAGCGGGCGGAUAGCGUGGCUGUGACGCCGCAUAAGAUGCUGCAGGUGCCGAUGACGUGUUCGUUCCUGGUCGUGCGGGAUCUGAGGUGUGUGUGGAGGGCGAUGAGCUUGCCGGCGGGAUACCUCUUCCACACCGACCCCACAUCCUCCAACGCCCAAUUCAACCCCGCAACAACCCUCUACGACCUCGCCGACCUCACCCCGCAAUGCGGCCGCCGCGCCGACUCCCUGAAGCUCUACCUCGCCCUCCAGUACCACGGCCUAGACUACUACUCCGCCAUGCUCGACCGCGCCUUUGCCACGGCCGCCGCACUGCACGCGCGCCUAGCCGCGCAUCCCGAUUUCGUCAUGGUGCCGUAUAGCACGUCUCCUACCACCACCACCACAACAACCCCCCAAAAACUCCCAGCAGAACCCCCAACCAGCCCACCCUGUCUCCAAGUAACAUUCCACCACGCGCCGGGCGGACUGUCGGCGGACGCGGAUGCGAACUCGGCGUAUACGGAGGCGCUUAUUGCGGGCUUAGUGCCGCGCGGGUGGAUGGUGGACUAUGCGCCGGGCGAGAAGGGGAAGUUUGUCAGGGUUGUUGUGAAUGCGGGGACGAGGGCGGGGACGGUGGAUGGGUUUGUGCGGGCGGUGGAGGAGGUGGGGAGGGAGCUUUUGGGGAGGAUGUGCGGGGGAAGGGUAGGGUCUACAGAUUCCAUGCAGUCGAUCAGCACCCGGCCACGUAUAACGAAACAACAAGCUCCUUUCGAGCCUGAGGCGCAAUGA